AUGUCUUUCUCGGCCAGUGUCUAUCUCUUGAUUCCAGUCUUGAUCCUUGGCCUCUGGCGACUGAGCACAGUCGGACGUCGCCCAGCGGGCUAUCCUCCUGGUCCACCGACCCUUCCUAUAAUCGGGAACCUGCACCAGAUCCCAAACCGAAAGCGCCAUAUUCAGUUCCAAAAAUGGGCCGAGGAGUAUGGCCCUAUAUACUCACUGAUACUAGGAAGAAAGGUCAUGAUAGUCCUAAACUCAGAUCAGACUGUUAAAGAUCUUGUAGAUAAGCGAGGUGGCAUCUAUUCAAGCCGACCAGAGUCAUACAUUGGUCAAGAUGUCCUUAGUGGAGGAUAUCGCAUAUUAUUUAUGCCGGAUGAUGAGGUCUGGAAAAUGGCGCGGAAGCUUGUCCAUCGCAUCUUGGGAAGCUCAGAUGAUUUUGUUGAUCAUCUGCGUCGAUAUACAGCUUCAUUGACUACGCAGAUAACAUUCGGCUCUCGUACUACCAGCAUUCAAGAUGAACGCUUCAAAGAGGCUUUUGAUAUAUUUGAUCGUAGUUCAGAGAUGAUCGGUUCAAGAACAGCGGCUCUUCUAGAUCUGGUACCCGCUUUGAGACGGAUCCCAGACUUUCUCAUGCCGAUCAAGAAGGAAGGGCGCAAGAUCCAUUAUAGAGAACUAAGUCUUUUUCGAGGGUUCUACCUUGCAGCCAAGAAGGGACUCGAAGGUGGUUCAGCAAAGCCAUGUGUCUGUGUCGACCUAGUCAAGCUGCAAAAAGAAGAAGGGUUCUCUGACACUUUUGCUUCAUAUCUCAGUGGCUCACUACUUCAAGCAGGCUCGGAAACAACAGCCAGUAUUCUCAUCGGUUUCGUCCAAGCCAUGGUUAUCUUCCCCGAUGUCGCAAAGACUGCGCGGGGCGAACUUGAUCGUGUAUGUGGGGACCGGCUACCAAACCUGGACGAUACGCCUGAUCUGCCCUAUAUCCAUGCUUGCAUGAAAGAAAGUCUGCGUUGGAUGCCUGGCUUUAUGCUGGGUAUACCGCAUGCAACAACUCAACAUGAUAGCUAUCUCGGAUAUCACAUCCCCAAGGGAGCAACAGUCAUCAUCAACGUCUGGGCAAUUCACAACGACCCAAAAAGACACCCAUCGCCCCGACAGUUCGACCCCAUGCGAUAUAUCAAUGACCAACAAACAUCCAUCGAAGCCGCGAACAACCCGGAUCCUACCAAGCGAGACCACUACGUGUUCGGGGCGGGGAGGCGCAGAUGUCAGGGCAUGCACAUAGCUGACCGGUCGUUAUUUUUAGCUAUUUCCCGCCUUUUGUGGGCGUUCAAUUUUGACAGGGACGUCAGCGCCGAGACGGGUAAAGCCAUCAUACCAGAUGCAGAGGACGUCAUAGAGGGUAUAAUGUCCAUACCAUCCCCAUUCCCUGUCCGUAUAGUUCCCCGGAGCACGAAGAGAGCUGAGGCUGUAGCUGCUGCAUGGAGUCAAGCGGUUGAUCUGCUUGAUGAGCAUGGACAGUGGAAGGUAGUCCCCGAAGACCUUCUUUGGACUAUACCUGAAUCGUAA